GAUUGGCUUGAGGCCUUGAUCUUGCUCGUUAUGGCGUCUUCGGGCGGUAAGAUGUGGCUGUCAAGGAGUUGCUUGACGUUCAGCUACCGUCGCGUUUAGCUUAUCAAUAUUGGUAGUCGUGCCGAGUCGUCCCCUCAUAUCCCCCGGUUUGUUGCCAUCCGCCUUGCUGUCCUCAUGCUGCCAUCGUUUCUCUUCGCUGCCUGCUUCCGAACGCACAAAUCCACCUCAGAUUAGUCUCCCUCUUUCCUCGUAGUAACUAUUUAUAUCUUGCAUUUAUACUACCCAAGCCAUGUCCUCCUGCACACUGCAGCCUUCCCCGAUCCUAUGCCUCCCCGCAGAGCUGCGAGAGCAAAUAUACGCCGCCGUCCUUCUAGCGCCCAACAGUGACAUCAACCUCCUGGGCGUCUGCCGGCAGAUAUAUGCCGAAUCCUACCCCCUGCUCUUCAAGAGACCGUUGACUUUCUCCUCGCAGUCCAGCCUUUCCAAAUGGCUUGGCCUUGUCCAAUUCGAGCACCUCCACAAUGUCUUCGCCAUCACCCUCUACCUCCAAGACAUCGACCUCACCCCCAUCCUCUCCCUAGCACCCCUCCCCGGCAUCCUUUGCUGGGAACUAUACGAGCAGGAACUCUCAGGCAUUACCCUCGCACUCCGCCAGCUGCCGGGCCUCCGCAACCUCUCCAUCGCCCGCUGGACACCACACCAGCUACAAUCCCACCUCUACCGCUCGUUCCUCCACGCCUUCUGCGCCCUGCUCCCCCACUGCAACCCCAACCUCACCCACCUGACCCUCCACGAGUCCAUCCAACGCUUCUCAUUCCUUCUCUCCCUCCCCCACCUCCGCUCCAUCCGCCUCGUCGGCUUCGGCGACCACCACACCGCGCACGCCUUCACCGUGCUGGCUCAGCUCCCGUCCCUCGCGGAGGUUGAGCUCGUCACAGAAGACGUCUCGCACGCCGCGCGGCCGUACGGCCAGCACCACCUCCUCAAUAGCGACGAGAAGGCGCUCGCGGCCGCUCUGGCAACACUGCCCCCGCUAACCGCCUUCUCGAUCCAGGAGUCGGCGGCGAGGCCGUCCGUGCUCACGCCGUCGCUACUUACGGCGCUAGGGGAGGCGCAUGGGGCGAGUCUGAGAAUACUUCGAAUGUUUGUGGCUUCUACGCCUUCGUUUCCCACGUUAGCGAGGUUGCAUGGCUUGCUGAGGGCGGAGGGGUGUGGGGUAGAGGAGUUGGAGCUGCGGUGGCCGGAUGUCGAGGCGGAGAUUCUGGAGAGUUUGCUGCCGAGGGGGUUGAGGAUUCUCAGAGUUCGUGUUGAGGGAUACGUGCAUGCGUUUGAUUUGUUGUGGGGGGUUAUUCAGCGGAGGAGGGAGUGCAGGGCGUUGGAGAGGGUGGGGUUAGUUGGGGAGUGGGAGGGAUGGGAGGAGGAUGAAGAGGGGCAGGAGGUGGAGGGAGGGGGAUGUGAGGGGUUUGAGGCUGCGAAGAAUGAACUGGAGCUUGCGAUUGGAGAGUUGAGGUAUCUAGGGGUUGGGACGUUGAAGGGGGUUGAGCGGGGUGUUGAUUGA